AUGAUCGCUGCCGACCGCAGUGGGUCGGGCUCUGCACGGUGCGCCUUUUGUCGAAGCCUAUUCGAACAAUCAGGUGUUCGCAGGCUCCACGUCGACUUGGGCGCCGUUCCCUCCGAGGUCGGAAGCUGCGAUGGUAGUGAAACGGUCAACGGUGAUGCUGAGGAUGAGACUCGUUCACUUGCUCGUGAGGCAGAUAGAUUGGCUGCCGCCGUUGCCAACGCCGUCUUUGAACAAGACGAGGAGAAAAUCAAAUCGACGUCUACAGAGGGGCGACAAUGGAUAUCGGCGCAAAGCCAGGUUAAUCGAACGGCUCGAUACCCGGUAUUAAGGGCGCUAACACAAUUAGCAGUUGGUAAUAUGCAAAAUUAUCAUGCCUGUCAACAAUUGGAGCAGAAGCUACUCGAUUCGCGGGCAAAUGUGUCUCAACUCAUGGAAAGGAUUCAAACGCUAGCGGACAUUCGGUUAUUGGAGCAGGAGCGUGACGACCUCAGAGCGACACUAAUGACCACGGAAAGGUCACUCCGAACCACCACUUCUUCUUUAGCAGACGCAACAGCUUCCUUAGCUGAAUCCGACACUGCUCUCGCCGCGGCCAAAGUCGAGCUCGAAGCGCGAGAAUCGAUCCGGACCGAGCUGGAAACGCUCAAGGCCGAAUUGGAGGCGGCUCAGGCAUCCCGAGAGGAAUACAAAGCGUCGUUGAACAAGUCGAAGAAGGAGCUUGCAAGUGUGAAGCACGAGUUGAAGCAGCUUAGAGCCGAUCAAGACCAUGCUGCCCCCCAUACGUUAAAGGAAAACGCUGCUGCAGACACUUCCGCUGCGAGUGCGAGCGUGCCCGAGAAACUGAGUCGCCGGAGGUCGCGCAAAUUGUCGCAUUCUGCGCCCAAGGCCCCAGGUGAGGAUGGGUUGAAGAAGUUGGAUGGUGCUCGACCGAAGAAAUCUCGGCAUCCGACAAAUGGAGAUCAGACGGAAGACGAACGGAAAGAGCCUGGCGAUCACGCGACCGAUGACCUUUUGAAGACGGGAGAACACACCAAGUCAAAGGGCCACUCGAAAGACAAAGAGCGGAAGGAGCGUGGGAGGGAGAGGCAUCGCGGGAAGGAUCAUGGGGAAGGAAAGCAAAAGGACAAGGGAGAUGACGAUCGACCACCCCCCGACUCAGAGGUACUAGGAGACAGCCAGCCCAACGGAUCCGAUUCUAAACACUUGGGCGAAAAAUCUCACAAGUCCAGCAAAUCCAAGAAGAAAUUGCACGUUACCCCGACCGACGACUUGCAUCCGCUGGAACGCUCUGCGUCAGCCCCUCCAGGGACCGAGGCUGAGGACUUCGAGAUGCUCAAAGUCUCGACAGAAUCGCUUCCUCAAUCCAAGGCCGAAUUGUCCAAAUCAUCGGACCCACCGUCGCCACACGCAGGAGGCGGAUCAGGAUCCAAGGGCAUGUCACCCCCGCCUACUACGGCUCCUCGUCGCGGGCUGGUCGAAACUCUUGCAAAAGGCCGCGACGGUCCAGCAAUGCGAGUUUUGCGCAGAGCGAUGGGUCGAAAGCAACCUUCGAACACAACCAACGACCUGGGUUCUGCGUCAACAGUCGUGAAUAUGAAACCAGCUCCUGGAGCCUCCCCUUCUGGCUCUUCUUCGUCAAGCCCACCAUCUGCUUCCCAGGCCGCGGAUCCUGCGUUCGCCCCGCAUGCUCAGGCUUCGGGUGAAUCUGCCCAAGCUCCUCGGACGACUGCGUAUUCCACUUAUCCUCUACCAAGCAUGGAGAAUAUUGCAGGAUUUGGAAUCCCGGGCGUGGUACAUGAAAUGUCUCAUGGACCAUCGUUUGGUGCUUAUGCUCACGGAGAUGCCACCCGACGGUUCACGGACACCAUAUCGCGUGGCCGCGGACAGCCUGCUCCUGCCCCUGGCCCACGAACCUCUGAGGACCGAGGAAGUGAUGGAUACGACCGCGAGUGUACCUGGCCGUACGAGUCAUGGGACCAGAGUCGAUCAAGAGGCAAAGGGCGGGAUCGCGAGGACAGGCAUGAGCGUAAGCGCUCGGGACAUCGACGCAACUUUUCGAACGAAUGGCACGGAGAGGAAGGCGUGGCUCCCAUCAGGCAUUAUGUACCUGCCGACGACCUACCUGGGAUGAGUCGCCAUGGGUUCGGUGAGAUUCCGUAUGGCGAAUCUCCUCCCUCAUACCCCCCACUAUACGAACAAUUUAUGGACGCACUGCCUCCCAAGGCAUCGUUCGCCAACUUACGAGGGAUGAAAUAG